AUGAUCCUUUCAAAAAAACUUAUAAAAAAAUCCAAACAUUUAGAGUAUUCCUAUUUUAGAAUUGGGGAGAUUCGCCUUGCCGCUAGUAUCUAUGUGUACUACACAUCAGUGGCUAGUAUCUCUUUAGAAAACCUAUCAAAACUAUCACCAAUUUCAAAUCAUGGAGCCAAUCAAAAUGUAACAGUCCAAAGUUAUUCAGAUGUAUCAAGUGAUUCUGUUAAUUCCAUUGCUUGUAGACGUCGUCGUGGAUGUUGUGGUCGUGGUAACAACAUUGAUACUGAUAUCGAUAUUGAUAUUUGUAUUGACAAUGCUUUUGGAGGUGGUCGUGGUGCUCGUAAUGGAUGGUGGUAA